CUGCAGGGAUAUCACAGGGAGCCACCUGCUUGCCAGGGCUCAGCCUACACACUUUCGAGAAUCCCGGACCAGAUCGAGGUCCCUGCAGGCACUACCAGGACAUCACGCCACUGGCAUGGCAGUGCCGGAGGACCUGAAGCCCUCUGACCCACAGGCUGGGAAGUUGAAACCAACAUUAACGAAGGAUUCGCAAGUGACAAGAAGGGAAUUCCUGGGGCGGUUCCUGCCUGGACCAAAGUCCCAGAAAGAUGGAGAAGGAGGAAGAAGAAACCCGGGAGAUUUUACUCCCUGACUGGCAAUGCGUUGGCUCUCAAAGCCUCACCAUCGACCAGACGGAUGAGGGUGUGUUCGUGAAACAGGUGAAGGAGGAUUCGCCAGCUGCCAAAGCGGGAGUCGUAAAGGAAGGAGAUCAGAUAGUGAGUGCCACCAUCUACUUUGACAACCUGCAGUCUGGGGAAGUCACACAGAUCCUAAAAAACGUGGGCCACCACACCGUGGGCCUUCGGCUGCAGAGGAAAGGAGACCGCUCUCCAUUGCCGGGACAGUCUUGGUCGCAUGACGUAUUUAGCCCGAGGAGUCCAGAGGUUGUUCUGAGCGGGGAUGAUGAAGAGUACAAACGGAUUUACACGACAAAAAUCAAGCCACGCCUUAAAUCAGAAGACGGUAUGGAAGUCGAGACUACGGGAACUCAAAGCAGAACCAUCACAGUUACCAAGAGAGUUACUGCGUAUACAGUUGACGUAACAGGACGUGAAGGCGCCAAAGACAUUGACAUCACCAGUCCAGAAUUCAAAAUCAAGAUUCCAAAACAUGAACUCACCCACAUUUCCAAAGCAGAUAUUGCAACAGAGCCUGGGAAAACUGUGAUCAAAAUCCCACACGGGGAUCUGUCAGGUAGAACCACCCAAAUAACAGAUUUCCGUGCCGAGGUGACAGGAAGACCUUCUGAUAUUACGUAUACUGGACCAACAACUGAAUUUCCCUCCAGGAACUUGGACGUUGGAGUUCCUGAAAUCCACAUGGAUAAACCCACAAGGGGGACAACUGAUAUUCGCGUCUCUGGGCCUCAUGUCAUGGGGGUACAUCUGGAUUCUGAUAUCACAGCACCUGAAACAAAUGGGAAAACAGUUGGUUCUGCCAUAGACUUGAAAGCUGGGGUUUCAGGAAGUAAGCUACCACAGUUUGGUAUCUCAAGCCCCCAAGUGCAAGGUGAUAUGAGAAGUUUACAAGCUGAUCUGUCAUCAUCACACCUUAAGGGUCCUUCUGCUAAUGUUUCGGGACCCCAAAUUCAAGGUGGACUCAAACGUCCAGAAGUUAAUGUUCCUGUGGCCAGCCCGAAAGGUCUUGAUCUGAGUGCUGACAGUGAAGGAAAAAUAACCUUUCCUGCAAUGAAAAUGCCGAAAUUUGGUGUAGCAUCUCCAACUUCUAACUUGGAAGCUCCUCAGCUUGAUGUAACAGCUCCAUCGGUGACUAUCAAAGGCCCAGAAGGUUCUCUGAAAGGCCACAAGGUUGAUAUCAAAGGGCCUAAAGUGGACCUUGGGACAUCAGACACCGGAGUUGAGGUGGGUGCAGGAGGCAUUAAGAUUCCACAUAUGAAACUUCCUAAAUUUUCCGCAUCAGACCCCACAGUGGAUGUGACUGUUCCUAAAGGAGGGAUUGAUAUCUCAGGACCCAAAGUGGACAUUCGGUCUCCAGAUGUGAGUGUUGAUGCCCAUGUGAAAGGACCCAGAUUUGGCAGGCCCGAAAUAGGUGGUCAGGUACCCAGAAUCUCUAUGGCAGAUGUUGACUUGAACCUAAAGGGUGCAAAAGUGAAAGGAGCCAUGGAUAUUUCGGGGCCAAAAUUGGAAGGUGGCUUGAAAGGGCCUGGUGUGGAAGUUAAAGGCGCCAAGCUAGAUUAUGAUGUUCCAAAGGUUGACCUUGAGGGUAGUGUGAAAGGUCCCAAAGUCUCCAUGCCAUCCUUGAAAACAUCACCAAUAAAAGUAGCAGUGCCAGCUAUGGACUUGGACGUGAAAGGGUCAAAACUAACCGGAGAUGUGGAUGUUUCCAUGCCACAGAUCAAAGGUGACCUCAAGGGUCCCCAGUUUGACAUCAAAGGCCCCAAACUGGACAUAGAUGCCCCUGGCAUUGGCAUCAAAGGCUCUCGAGGAGAACUGAAAGGUCCUCAUGUCAAAAUGCCGGAAAUGCAUGUCAAGACCCCUCAAAUAUCCAUGCCAGACAUUGACCUGAACUUGAAAGGCCCCAAGAUCAAAGGUGACGUUGAUGUUUCCAUUCCAAAGGUGGGAGGAGAAUUGAAAGGCCCAGCUGUCGAUCUCAAAGGGCCCAAACUGGAUGUCAGCGCACCAGAUGUUGAACUUCAUGGACCAGAACUCAAGAUGCCCAAACUGAAAAUGCCAAAAUUUGGCGUUCCAGGCUUCAAAGCCGAAGCCCCUGAUGUUGAUGUCAGUCUUCCACAGGGCGGCAGUGAAAUUUCAGGCCCGAAGGUGAGCAUUGGCGCUCCUAGCUUGGACAUUGAAAGCAAAAUUAAAAGUCCUGAAUUCAAGAUGCCUGAACUAAAUAUCCAGUCAUCAGAGAUCUCGGUACCAGAUGUGGACUUGAAUGUGAAAGGGCCCAGACUAAAGGGUGAUGUGAAUGUCUCUGUGCCGAAGGUAAAAGGUGACCUCGAGGGUCCCCAGUUUGAUAUCAAAGGCCCCAAACUGGACAUAGAUGCCCCUGGCAUUGGCAUCAAAGGUCCUCAUGGAGAACUGAAAGGUCCUCACGUCAAAAUGCCAGAAAUGCAUGUCAAGACCCCUCAAAUAUCCAUGCCAGACAUUGACCUGAACUUGAAAGGCCCCAAGAUCAAAGGCGAUGUUGAUGUUUCCAUUCCAAAGGUGAAAGGAGAAUUGAAAGGCCCAGCUGUCGAUCUCAAAGGGCCCAAACUGGAUGUCAGCGCACCAGAUGUUGAACUUCAUGGACCAGAACUCAAGAUGCCCAAACUGAAAAUGCCAAAAUUUGGCGUUCCAGGCUUCAAAGCCGAAGCCCCUGAUGUUGAUGUCAGUCUUCCAAAGGGCGGCAGUGAAAUUUCAGGCCCGAAGGUGAGCAUUGGCGCUCCUAGCUUGGACAUUGAAGGACCUGAAGGCAAAAUUAAAGGUCCCAAAUUCAAGAUGCCAGAAAUGAACAUUAAAGCUCCUCAAAUCUCCAUGCCAGACAUUGAUUUGAACUUGAAAGGCCCAAAAGUGAAAGGAGAUCUAGAUGUUUCGAUGCCAAAGGUACAAGGAGAGUUAAAAGGUUCUGGAUUGGACAUCAAGGGCCCCGAAGUGGAUGUCAGCAUGCCAGAUGUAGAUGUCCAGGGUCCUGAAGGAAAACUGAAGAUGCCCAAACUGAAAAUGCCCAAAUUUAGCAUGCCAGGCUUCAAAGGGGAAGUUCCUGCUGUUGAUGUCAGUCUUCCAAAGGGUAAUAUUGAUGUUUCUGGUCCCAAAGUAGACAUUGAAGGCCCUGACUUUGACAUUGAAGGCCCAGAAGGGAAGAUUAAAGCCCCCAAAUUCAAGAUGCCAGAAAUGCACAUCAAAGCUCCUAAAAUCUCUAUGCCAGACGUUGACCUGAAUUUAAAAGGCCCCAAGCUCAAAGGAGAUGUAGACUUUUCAGUUCCAAAGUUGGAAGGUGAUCUCAAAGGCCCUGAAAUGGAUAUCAAAGGACCCCAAGUAGAUUUCAGUGUUCCAGAUGUUGACCUUCAUGGGCCUGAAGGAAAGCUGAAAAUGCCAAAAUUCAAAAUGCCAAAAUUUGGAAUGCCAGGCUUCAAAGCAGAAGGCCCAGAGGUAGAUGUAAAUCUUCCCAAGGCAGAUGUUGAUAUUUCUGCACCUAAACUAGAAGUAGAAGCUCCUGAAUUCAACAUUGAAGGACCUGAAGGAAAAAUUAAAGGGCCCAAAUUUAAGAUGCCUGAACUAAAUAUACAUGCACCCAAGCUUUCUAUGCCUGAUGUAGAUUUGAAUUUAAAAGGCCCUAAAUUGAAGGGAGAUAUGGACAUUUCUGGGCCCAAAAUCGAAGGGCCUCAAGUUGACAUUGAGGGUCCGAAAAUAGAUGUUGACAUACCUGAUGUAGACCUGGAGGGUACUGAAGGGAAAAUCAAAGGUCCCAAAUUCAAGAUGCCAAAACUAAAUAUUAAGGCUCCUAAAAUCUCUAUGCCUGAUGUAGACAUGAAUCUAAAAGGUCCUAAAAUGAAGGGUGACAUGGACGUGACUGUUCCAGAGAUUGAGGGUGAACUGAAAGGAACCAGCAUUGAUAUAAAAGGCCCAAAGGUUGAUGUAGAUCUCCCAGAUGUUGAUCUCGAAGGUCCAGAGGCCAAGCUGAAGAUGCCAAAGAUGAAACUACCAAAAUUUGGCAUGUCCGGGUGGAAAGGGGAAGGCCCUGAUGUUGAUGUAAGUCUUCCCAAAGGAGGCCUGGAAGUUUCUGGACCAAAGGUGGACAUUCAAGCUCCUGAUGUUGACAUUGAAGGCCCUGAAGGAAAAAUAAAAGGCCCCAAAUUUAAAAUGCCCGAAAUGCAUUUCAAAACACCCAAAAUCUCCAUGCCAGAUAUUGACUUGAAUUUGAAAGCUCCGAAACUGAAGGGGGAUGUUGAUGUUUCUGUGCCAAAACUGGAAGGAGAACUGAAGGGCCCUGCCUUUGAUAUCAAGGGACCCGCCGUUGACGUGAGUGGUCCAGAUGUUGAUCUGCAAAGCGGAGGGAAAUUAAAAAUGCCAAAAUUAAAGAUGCCACAUUUUAGCAUGUCGGGACCCAAACUUGAAGGUUCUGAUGUAGAUGUGACUUUGCCAAAAGGAGAAGUUGACAUUACAGGCCCCAAAAUAGAUGUGCAAGCUCCCGAACUAGAUAUUGAAGGCCCCGAAGGGAAGCUGAAAGGUUCCAAGUUUAAGAUGCCAAAACUAAACAUCAAAGCACCGAAGGUUUCCAUGCCAGAUGUGGACUUGAACCUCAAGGCACCAGGAAGAAGUGGGGAGAUGGAUGUCACUGUUCCAAAUAUUGAAGGCAAUUUAAAAGGACCACAAAUUGACAUCAAGGGUCCCAAACUGGACAUUGAAGCACCUGAUGUUGAUCUACAGGGCCCUGAAGGAAAACUGAAAGGACCCAAAUUUAAGAUGCCGGAAAUGCACAUCAAAGCACCCAAGAUCUCCAUGCCAGACAUUGAUUUAAAUCUGAAAGGGCCUAAAUUCAAGGGUGAUGCAGAUAUUUCAGCCCCCAAGCUGGAAGGUGAUUUGACAGGUCCUGAGAUUGACAUCAAAGCCCCCAAACUGGACAUUGAUAUGCCCGAUGUUGAGCUACAUGGGCCUGAAGGAAAACUGAAGAUGCCUAAAUUAAAAAUGCCCAAAUUUGGAGUUCCUGGCUUCAAAGGAGAAGCUCCAGAUGUGGACAUAAGCCUUCCCAAAGCAGACCUCGAUGUUUCUGGUCCCAAGGUUGACAUUGAAGCCCCAAGUUUGGAUGUUGAAGGCCCAGAAGGAAAGGUGAAAGGUCCUAGAUUUAAGAUGCCUGAUAUGCAUUUUAAAGCUCCCAAAAUCUCCAUGCCAGAUAUUGAUUGGAAUUUGAAAGGCCCUAAAUUUAAGGGAGACUAUGAUGUUUCAGCUCCAAAGCUGGAAGGUGAUUUGAAAGGCCCAGAGGUUGAUAUCAAAGGGCCAAAGCUGGACGUAGACCUGCCUGAUGUUGACAUAGAAGGUCCGGAAGGAAAGUGGAAAAGUCCUAAAUUUAAGAUGCCAGAAAUGAACAUUAAAGCACCUAAAAUUUCCAUGCCUGAUGUGGAUUUCAACCUGAAAGGCCCCAAAUUGAAAGGCGAUGUGGACAUUUCAGUACCCAAACUGGAAGGCGAUUUGAAAGGACCACAAGUUGACAUCAAAGGUCCAGGGCUGGAUAUUGAAGCCCCAGAUGUUGAGCUGCAUGGUCCUGAAGGGAAGCUGAAGAUGCCUAAGUUCAAAAUGCCCAAAUUUGGAAUGCCCAGUUUCAAAGCCGAAGGGCCAGAUGUGGACGUAAGCCUUCCCAAAGCCGACCUCGAUGUUUCUGUUCCAAAAGUUGACAUUGAAGCACCAAGUUUGGACAUUGAAGGCCCAGAAGGAAAAGUGAAAGGGCCAAAGUUUAAGAUGCCUGAUAUGCAUUUUAAGGCACCCAAAAUCUCCAUGCCAGACUUCGACUUGAACCUGAAAGGCCCCAAAGUGAAAGGAGAUGUGGACGUAUCUGUGCCGAAGUGGGAAGGUGACCUGAAAGGCCCAGAUGUUGAUAUCCAGGGGCCAAAGCUGGACAUUGAAGCUCCUGAUGUUGAGAUUGGAGGCCCUGAAGGGAAGUGGAAAAGUCCUAAAUUUAAGAUGCCAGAAAUGCACAUCAAAGCACCCAAAAUUUCCAUGCCAGACUUUGAUUUGAACUUGAAAGGCCCUAAAGUGAAGGGAGAUGUAGACGUGUCUGUACCAAAGCUAGAAGGAGAUUUGAAAGGCCCUGGUGUUGAUAUCAAAGGGCCAGAAUUGGACAUUGAUGCUCCUGACAUUAACAUUGAAGGUCCAGAGGGAAAGUGGAAAGGUCCUAAAUUUAAGAUGCCUGAAAUGCAUAUCAAGGCACCUAAACUCUCCAUGCCAGAUAUUGAUUUGAGUCUAAGAGGCCCUAAGGUUAAAGGUGACAUGGAUGUUUCUGUGCCAAAGCUGGAAGGUGAGCUGAAAGCCCCAGAUGUGGAUAUCAAGGGACCCACAGUGGAUGUCGAUCUUCCUGAUGUUGAUCUCGAAGGACCUGAAGGGAAAUUGAAAGGGCCCAAAUUUAAGAUGCCUGAUAUGCAUUUUAAAACCCCCAAAAUCUCAAUGCCAGAUUUUGACCUAGGCUUCAAAGGUCCUAAAGUGAAGGGAGAUAUGGAUGUUUCUGUACCAAAGUUAGAAGGUGAUCUGAAAGGACCAGAAGUUGAUAUCAAGGGUCCUAAAGUUGAUGUUCAUAUUCCUGAUCUUGAUAUUGAAGGACCAGAAGGAAAACUGAAAGGUCCCAAGUUUAAGACACCUGAAAUGCAUUUUAAUGUUCCUAAAAUCUCCAUGCCAGACAUUGAUUUGAAUUGGAGGGGCCCUAAAGUUAAAGGUGAUGUGAAUGUUUCUGUUCCUAAACUUGAGGGUGAUUUGAAAGGCCCUGAUGUUGAUAUCAAGGGCCCUAAGCUAGAUGUUGACAUUCCUGAUGUUGAGAUUGAAGGCCCUGAAGGGAAAUGGAAAAGCCCCAAAUUUAAGAUGCCUGAAAUGCAUAUUAAAGCACCUAAAAUCUCUAUGCCAGAUUUUGACUUGAACCUGAAGGGUCCCAAACUGAAGGGUGAUGCAGAUGUUUCUUUGCCAAAGUUAGAGGGAGAACUGAAAGGUCCAGAUGUUGAUGUUACAGGUCCCAAAGUAGAUAUCGAUGUUCCUGAUGUCAGUUUGGAAGGUCCAGAGGGAAAGAUCAAAGGCCCCAAAUUUAAGAUGCCAGAGAUGCACAUCAAAGCCCCCAAAAUUUCGAUGCCAGAUAUCAAAACUCCUAAACUUUCAAUGCCAGAUGUUGAUUUGAAUUUGAAAGGUCCUAAACUGAAGGGAGAUGUUGACGUUUCACUUCCAACAUUAAAAGGUGAUCUGAAAGGCCCAGAAGUGGAUCUCAAGGGCCCCAAACUGGACAUUGAUGCUCCUGAUGUUGAGAUUGAAGGCCCUGAAGGGAAGUGGAAAGGUCCUAAGUUUAAGAUGCCAGAAAUGCACAUCAAGGCGCCCAAAAUCUCCAUGCCAGACUUUGAUAUAAAUUUGAAAGGUCCCAAAUUGAAGGGUGAUGUGGAUGUUCCAAAGCUAGAAGGUGACCUGAAAUGCCCAGACAUUGAUGUUAAAGGUCCUAAAUUGGACGUAGAUGUUCCCAGCAUGGACAUUAAGGGUCCAGAAGGCAAAGUGAAAGGGCCAAAAUUCAAGAUGCCUGAAAUGAAUAUUAAAGCGCCCAAGAUCUCAAUGCCAGAUAUAGAUCUGAAUUUGAAAGGACCGAAGCUGGAAGGAGACAUGGAGGUUUCAUUGCCAAAGGCAGAGGGCCCUGACAUUGACUUCAAAGGUCCCAAGGUGGACAUUGAUGCCCCAGAUAUAGAACUCCAUGGUCCAGAGGGCAAGCUCAAAAUGCCCAAAUUUAAAAUGCCCAAAUUUGGAAUGCCCAGUUUCAAAGCAGAAGGUCCUGAGGUGGAUGUCAAUCUCCCAAAGGGAGACAUUGAUAUAGCUGCUCCAAAGAUGGACAUAGAAGGCCCUGAAUUGGAUAUUGAAGGUCCAGAAGGUAAAAUUAGAGGCCCCAAAUUUAAGAUGCCAGAAAUGCACAUCAAAGCUCCUAAAAUCUCGAUGCCAGAUGUUGACUUAAAUUUGAAAGGGCCAAAGUUGAAAGGAGACAUGGACAUUUCACUACCAAAGGUCGAAGGUGAACUGACAGCACCUGACAUUGACAUCAAAGGACCCAAGCUGGACAUUGAAGCACCAGAUGUUGACCUACAUGGCCCAGAAGGCAAAUUGAAAAUGCCCAAAUUUAAAAUGCCUAAAUUCAGCAUGCCAGGUUUCAAAGGGGAAGGACCUUCAGUGGAUGUGAAUCUUCCCAAGGGGGAAUUAGAUGUAUCUGGCCCCAAACUAGACAUUGCAACACCUGAUUUAGAAAUUGAAGGCCCUGAAGGGAAAAUCAAAGGUCCCAAGUUCAAGAAGCCUGAAAUGCAUUUUAAUGUUCCAAAAAUCUCAAUGCCAGAUAUUGACUUGAAUUUGAAAGGUCCAAGAUUGAAGGGAGAUCUAGAAGGUGACAUUAAAGGUCCUAACAUUGAUGUUGAUGUGGAGGCUCCAAAAGUUGAAAUUGAAGGAAAGUCAAAGAAAUCAAGAUUCAAGCUUCCAAAGUUUAGCUUUUCCAGCUCUAAAGGUCAGACCCCAGAGGUAGAUGUAAAGCUUAAAAAACCAGAUGUUGAUAUAUCAGGACCCAAAGUGGAUGUUCAAGUUCCAGAUGCUGAUGUCCAUGGGAAAGUGAAAAGCCCUAAAUUUAAAAUGCCUUCCCUGAACAUUUCUUCACCUAAAGUUUCAAUGCCAGAUGUGGAAUUAAAUUUAAAAGGGCCUAAAUUAAAAGGUGACUUGGAUGUCUCUGUUCCAAGCUUGGAAGGGGAUUUGAAAGCUCCUGACCUUGACAUCAAAGGCCCCAAGAUAGACAUUGAUGCACCAGAUGUUGAUCUCCAUGGACCAGAGGGCAAACUCAAAAUGCCCAAAUUUAGAAUGCCCAAAUUUGGAAUGCCUGGCUUCAAAGCAGAAGGUCCUGAGGUGGAUGUAAAUCUUCCCAAAGCAGACAUUGAUGUUUCCGGACCCAAGUUGGACAUUGAAACUCCUGACUUGGAUAUAGAAGGCCCUGAAGGGAAGAUCAAAGGCCCAAAAUUUAAGAUGCCUGAAAUGCAUUUCAAUGUCCCCAAAAUUUCAAUGCCAGAUUUGAAUUUGAAGGGACCCAAGCUGAAAGGAGAUGUUGACGUUUCAGCACCUACAUUAGAAGGCAACUUGAAAGGCCCUGACAUUGACAUCAAGGGCCCCAAACUGGACAUUGACACACCUGAAAUUGACAUUGAAGGUCCAGAAGGAAAACUCAAGGGUCCCAAGUUUAAGAUGCCUGAUAUGCAUUUUAAAGCACCCAAAAUCUCCAUGCCAGACUUCGACUUGAACCUGAAAGGCCCCAAAAUGAAAGGAGAUGUGGACGUAUCUGUGCCGAAGUGGGAAGGUGACCUGAAAGGCCCAGAUGUUGAUAUCAAGGGGCCAAAGCUGGAUGUAGACCUGCCUGAUGUUGACAUAGAAGGUCCAGAAGGAAAGUGGAAAAGUCCUAAAUUUAAGAUGCCAGAAAUGAACAUUAAAGCACCUAAAAUUUCUAUGCCUGAUGUGGAUUUCAACCUGAAAGGCCCCAAAUUGAGAGGUGAUGUGGACGUUUCAGUACCCAAACUGGAAGGCGAUUUGAAGGGACCACAUGUUGACAUCAAAGGUCCAGGGCUGGAUAUUGAAGCCCCAGAUGUUGAGCUGCAUGGUCCUGAAGGGAAGCUGAAGAUGCCUAAGUUCAAAAUGCCCAAAUUUGGAAUGCCCAGUUUUAAAGCCGAAGGGCCAGAUGUGGACGUAAGCCUUCCCAAAGCCGACCUCGAUGUUUCUAUUCCAAAAGUUGAUAUUGAAGCACCAAGUUUGGACAUUGAAGGCCCAGAAGGAAAAGUGAAAGGGCCAAAGUUUAAGAUGCCUGAUAUGCAUUUUAAGGCACCCAAAAUCUCCAUGCCAGACUUCGAUUUGAACCUGAAAGGCCCCAAAGUGAAAGGAGAUGUGGACGUAUCUGUGCCGAAGUGGGAAGGUGACCUGAAAGGCCCAGAUGUUGAUAUCAAGGGGCCAAAGCUGGAUGUAGACCUGCCUGACGUUGACAUAGAAGGUCCGGAAGGAAAGUGGAAAAGUCCUAAAUUUAAGAUGCCAGAAAUGAACAUUAAAGCACCUAAAAUUUCUAUGCCUGAUGUGGAUUUCAACUUGAAAGGCCCCAAACUGAAAGGUGAUGUGGACAUUUCAGUACCCAAACUGGAAGGCGAUUUGAAAGGACCACAAGUUGACAUCAAAGGUCCAGGGCUGGAUAUUUGAAGCCCACAGAUGUUGUUGAGGCUGCAUGGUCCUGAGAAGGGAAGCUGAAGAUGCCUAAGUUCAAAACUGCCCAAAUUUGGAAUGCCCAGUUUCAAAGCCGAAGGGCCAGAUGUGGACAUAAGCCUUCCCAAAGCCGACCUCGAUGUUUCCUCUUCUGUUCCAAAAGUUGACAUUGAAGCUCCAUGUUUGGACGUUGAAGGCCCAGAAGGAAAAGUGAAAAGGAGCCAAAGAAGUUUACAAGAUGCUCUGAUAUGCAUUUUAAAAGCACACUCCAAAAUCUCCAUGCCAGACUUCGAGCUUGAACCUGAAAGGAGCCCCAAAGUGAAAGGAGAUGUGGGCACGUAUCUGUGCCCAAAGUGGGAAGGUGACCUGAAAGGCCCAGAUGUUGAUAUCCAGGGGCCAAAGCUGGAUGUAGACCUGCCCGAUGUUGACAUAGAAGGUCCGGAAGGAAAGUGGAAAAGUCCUAAAUUUAAGAUGCCAGAAAUGAACAUUAAAGCACCUAAAAUUUCCAUGCCUGAUGUGGAUUUCAACCUGAAAGGCCCCAACCUGAAAGGCGAUGUGGACGUAUCUGUGCCGAAGUGGGAAGGUGACCUGAAAGGCCCAGAUGUUGAUAUCCAGGGGCCAAAACUGGACAUUGAAGCUCCUGAUGUUGAGAUUGGAGGCCCUGAAGGGAAGUGGAAAAGUCCUAAAUUUAAGAUGCCAGAAAUGCACAUCAAAGCACCCAAAAUUUCCAUGCCUGAUGUGGAUUUCAACCUGAAAGGCCCCAAAUUGAGAGGUGAUGUGGACGUUUCAGUACCCAAACUGGAAGGCGAUCUGAAGGGACCACAUGUUGACAUCAAAGGUCCAGGGCUGGAUAUUGAAGCCCCAGAUGUUGAGCUGCAUGGUCCUGAAGGGAAACUGAAGAUGCCUAAGUUCAAAAUGCCCAAAUUUGGAAUGCCCAGUUUCAAAGCCGAAGGGCCAGAUGUGGACGUAAGCCUUCCCAAAGCCGACCUCGAUGUUUCUGUUCCAAAAGUUGACAUUGAAGUCCCAAGUUUGGACAUUGAAGGCCCAGAAGGCAAAGUGAAAGGUCCAAAAUUUAAGAUGCCUGAUAUGCAUUUUAAGGCACCCAAAAUCUCCAUGCCAGACUUCGACUUGAACCUAAAAGGCCCCAAAGUGAAAGGAGAUGUGGACGUAUCUGUGCCGAAGUGGGAAGGUGACCUGAAAGGUCCAGAUGUUGAUAUCAAGGGGCCAAAACUGGAUGUAGACCUGCCCGAUGUUGACAUAGAAGGUCCAGAAGGAAAAUUGAAAGGUCCUAAAUUUAAGAUGCCAGAAAUGCACUUCAAGGCUCCGAAAAUUUCUAUGCCAGAUAUGAACCUAAACCUGAAAGGCCCCAAAGUGAAAGGAGAUAUGGACGUUUCUGUGCCAAAACUAGAAGGAGAUUUAAAAGGUCCUGAAAUUGACAUCAAAGGACCUCAGAUUGAUGUUCCUGACAUUGAUAUUGAGGGACCAGAUGGAAAACUGAAAGGUCCUAGAUUUAAAAUGCCUGAAAUGAACAUCAAAGCUCCAAAAAUUUCUAUGCCAGAUGUAGACUUCAACCUGAAAGGCCCCAAACUGAAAGGUGAGAUGGACUUGGAUGCUUCACUCCCGAAGAUUGAAGGCGAUUUGAAGGGACCGAGUAUUGAUGUAAAGGGGCCAAAACUGGAUGUUGAUGUACCCGAUGUUGAGUUGGAGUGUCCCGAAGGAAAACUGAAAGGUCCCAAAUUUAAGAUGCCCGAAAUGCAUUUUAAAACCCCCAAAAUCUCCAUGCCAGAUUUUGACUUGAAUUUGAAAGGUGCCAAAAUGAAGGGAGACCUAGAUGCAGAUCUCAGUCUGAAAGGACCUCAGAUGAAAGGGGACUUGAGUGUUUCUGGGCCAAAGCUGGAAGGAGAUCUGAAAGGUCCAGAAAUUGACAUCAAAGGCCCUAAGAUGGACAUUGAUAUGCCUGAUGUUGAUAUCCAUGGUCCAGAUGGAAAAGUAAAGUUCCCCAAGAUGAAGCUCCCCAAAUUUGGCAUGCCUGGGUUCAAAGGAGAAGGACCUGAUGUGGAUGUGAAUCUGCCUAAAGGAGGAUUAGAAGUCUCAGGUCCCAAAGUCAAUGUUGAAUGUCCCAGUGUGGACAUCGAAGGGCCAGAAGGACAACUCAAAGGCCCCAAGCUCAAGAUGCCUGAAAUGCAUUUCAAGACACCAAAAAUCUCCAUGCCAGAGAUUGACUUAAAUCUGAAAGGACACAAGGUGAAAGGUGACGUGGAUGUUCCCAAGAUUGAGGGCAAUUUAAAAGGUCCAGGGAUUGACAUUAAAGGCCCAGGAAUUGAAGGUCCGGAAGUCGACUUGGAGUGUCCUGAUGUAAACAUCGAAGGGCCCGAAGGAAACAUUAAGCUCCCCAAGUUUAAGAUGCCAAAAUUUGGUUUUGGAGCCAAGAGCCCCAAAGCAGAUAUAAAGUCUCCCACUCUGGACGUCUCUCUUCCAGAAGGUGAACUAAACGUUGAGUCACCUGACAUCAGUGUAUCAGGCAAGGGGAAGAAAAGCAAAUUCAAGAUGCCCAAAAUACAUAUGAGUGGGCCUAAAAUUAAAGGCAAGAAGGCUGGCCUUGACGUGAGUGGGGAGAUGAGUGCAGGGGUGAAAUCACCCGAUUUAGAAGGAAGUCUCUCUGCCCCAGAUGCCUCACUGAAAGGAGACAUCAGGCUGCCCAAGGAAAAGAAACCUAUGUUUGGGAAACUCUCUUUCCCUGAUGUUGAAUUUGAUAUAAAAUCACCAGUGUUUAAGGCCGAUGCUUCUUUGCCAAAGGUGGAAGGAGAAAUCAGGGCACCAGGAAUAGAUGUUUCAUCACCGUCUGUUACAUCGCCAGGUCUCAACAUUACUGUUCCAAGCGCAAGUGCCAAUCUUCCAGAUGUUAAUAUUGGAGGUCCUGAUAUCAGUCUUAAGAAACCAAAGUUCAAACUCUCAAGUGGGAAUGUAGACCUGGCUGGCCCCAAACUGGAAGGAGACAUCAAAGUGCCAAGUAUUGAUGCAAAAGUUUGUGCUCCUGACAUCAGCCUGAAAGGUCCUUCAGUGAACGUACCAUCAGUAGACAUUUCUGCUGCCACUAUCUCAGCUCCUGAUCUUGAUGUUAAUUUGAAAGGACCAAACCUAAAAGUUGAUGCUGAACUCCCCAAGGGAGAAUUGCAAGGCCUGGAAGGGAAACUGAAGUUCCCCAAGUUUGGUUUCCCGAAGAUUGGAAAACCAGGAGUGAAAUUAGAAGGGCCAGAGGUUGAUCUUCAAGGAAAACUGCCCUCGGCAAGCAUGGAUGUCUCAGCUCCAAGCAUUCAAGGAGACGUGAAUGUUCCUGCAGUUGAUGUAAACUUGAAAGGACCAAAAUUAGGAGACCUGGGUCUUUCUGGUGAUAUUAAAGGCCCAACCGUUGGAAUUGGAAUGCCAGAUGCUGACAUCAGUGGUUUUGAAGGGAAGCUUAAAAUGCCAAAGUUCCAAGGUCCAGAUAUCAGCUUGACUGCUCCAGGCCUAGAUGUGAAAGGACCGUCAAUGAAAAUGACCUCUGGAGGAGGCAUUUCUGCACCUGAUUGUGAUGUGAAUUUGAAAGGACCAAAGAUCAAGGGAGAUCUUGGCAUUUCUAGUGACAUUCAGUCUCCUAAGGUGGCUGUGGAGGCGCCCAGUGUUAACCUAGAAGGUUCUGGAGGUGGCAUUAAACUUCCUUCCCUCAAGCUUCCCCAAUUCGGCAUCUCCAGCUCUCAUGGUGAAAGUCCUAACCUGGAUGUGAAUAUUGCAGGACCACAAAUCAAAGGACCUGACGUACAUUUCAAAGGGCCUAACAUUUCUGUUCCAGCAGUUUCCUCCCCAGAUGUUGACUUGAACCUGAAAGGACCAAGCUUGAAAGGCGACGUUAAUAUUGCUGGUGACAUGAAAGGUCCAAAAAUUGAAGUACCGGGUGUAAAAAUCUCCAGCACGGACUUAGAUGCUCCUGAUGUCAAUUUGAGAGGACCCUCGUUCAAUGUGUCAGCUCCUAAAGUUUCUGGACCAGAUUUUGGCAUAAAUUUGAAAGGGCCGAAAGUCAAAGGAGAUCUUGAUAUUUCUAGAGAUGUUAAAACUCCACAGCUAAGUGCUGGCAUGCAAGGGGCAGGAGGCUUUCAGAUUUCUGGACCAAAAGUAGGUGGUGAUCUGAAGGGUCCCCAAUUAGAAAUCAAGGGUCCUUCCAUUGGAGUGAAUGUUCCACAAGGCCAUUUGGAGAGUCCAUCUGGAAAAGUGUCGUUCCCAAAGAUGAAAAUGCCAAAAUUUGUGGUAGCGGGGCAGGAGCUAACAGGAAGGGAGGUUGGGGUUGACGUUGAUUUCCCUCAGGCACCAGAGGCAAGUCUCCCUUCAGGCACGAUGAAUGUUGAACUAGAAGAGCCUGACAUUAAGCUUAAGAAAUCUAAAAUUAAAAUGCCAAAAUUUGCUUUCUCUAAACCGAAGGUCAAAGGCAGUGUUGGGUCCGCAGACGUCUCAGCAUCUGUUUCAGGGGGUGAGGGAGAGUUAAAGGCCAGCAUGGGAUCCUUGGAGGGUGACUUAGAGGUUGGUGAAGCGACAGCCUCUCCCAAAGGGAAGUUCUCGUUUUUUAAGACCAAAAAGUCACGUCAUCGGUCAUCGUCCUUCAGCGACGAGCAUUCCUCACAUUCAACGCCAACCGGCACACUGGAGCACGAGAGCAAGCAUGCCAAACUGAAAUUUGGUACCUUUGGGGGGAUAGGCUCAAAAUCUAAGGGUUCUUAUGAGGUAACGGGAAGUGAUGAUGAAGGGAAGGUGCAGGGUAGCGGGGCCUCACUAGCGUCCAAGAAGUCUCGGCUGUCAUCCUCCUCGAGUAAUGACAGCGGAACCAAAGCCGCCUUUCGAAUGCCACAAGUAGAGUUGACUGUGGCAAAGAAGAAAGAAUAAAGUGGGGGAGAAAAAAAUCUCAUGUACAUAUUGUCUGUGUAUAUAUAUCUCUUUACUUUCUGUGUGUGUAUAUAUAUUUUACUAGCUCAAAAUACUCAGCAAUAAAACAGGUGAUGCCCAGUGAAAUGGUAGGCUUUAACUGAAAAACAACUACUGUUUUUCUGUGAUCAGGGAGGUGUCCACCAAUAUGUUUCCAUCUUCCGUAGAUAUAGAUGUAUAUCUGACAGAAACUGGCACAGCUGCUCUUUUGGUUAAGUCCUGAGUGGUGUUGGAAGCCCAACCGAUUUCUAAGAAUGCACUACUCCACUUUCCCACAAUGCAUUGUGGCCACAAAUACUGAAAUGUGUGCCCAGUCAGUCAGCAGAAAGACAAAGACUGCUCAGUGAAUCAGCUGUAUCCAUUUGGUGAAUCAGUAUAAUUUGUGCCAAGGCUUAAUUCUGGACGACUUACCCAUUAAAGAGGAAGGGCCAGGAUCUUUUAUGAUAUUUAAAGCUGUGCCAUAAGGAAGAUGGAUGUACAGUUCCUCAGAUGUAUUUUGGAAGUUUUCUCUUGUGUUCCGGAUUAGGGUUUGUGCUUUGUAUGCUGAGAGCUUUACGUUUACUUUAGCAAGCUUAAACAUACAUAAAUAUAUAUAAUUUUCAUUUUGGUGAAUAUCUUCAGUGAUGGUCUUCUAUGGAAAUAUUUCCAUUUAAUUACCUUUUUUGGCUUUUAUUUGCAGGGGACUGAAAUUUCUAUCAUUAAAAAUGGAUUUAUUGAAAGAAAAACACUGUAAAAGUAUAUAGAUGCAACUGAGAUGUGUCAAAUUUGAUUCUUGCUAGAUUUGUGUUGUCUCAAGCGGGUUUUAUUAGCUGGGGAAGGGGCAGAAAAAUACACACAUAAGACACCCAUGGUUUAAUUUAAUUUAAGUUUUGUUGGGUUAAAGAAUAUUUUGCUAAAAUAAAUUAAUUGAAAACUAACUUUGUACAUUCUGACAUCAUCUUAGUUGUCUCCGUAUAUUUGACAUUCUUUGUAUUAUAAGGCAGGACUUUCUCUUAGUUGUGGUGCAAAGAUUCUAUCUGCUAUUCUCGUCCCUUCCAUCCUACAGAUAUUUGUUAUCUUUUCGUUAACAAACGUAUCUUGAUUUAAAACACAAACGAAACAAGAAAAGGAAAAUUCUUUCUCAGCACUUUAAGGCAAAUUAAUGGAGAAUGUAAGGAAACUGAUCUUGUAAAAUGCAAAUAAACUGUUCAUUAACCUUUGA